AUGGACGCAACCAAGGAAAGGAACACGAGGAGGGAGGAGGAUACUGAAGGCCAAACGACAAAGCCAUCAAAGUUCAACUUCCCCGACUGGUUGGUUUGGUAUAAGAAGCCUGAGUACCGAGAUUUCAAAGAAUAUGCCAACGCCAUUCGAAACGGAAAGAGACCCCUGAGCAGAGAUGGACGAGACAAGAACCCCAUCCCGGCACGGUUGAGCUUGGAAAAGGUUCUGGCCAACGAGACAUGCUCCCCCAUGUCACUAUACGAUUUUUACAUGUAUCUCAAGUACAUCGAGUUUUCUCCCGAGAACCUUGAAUUCUUCGUCUGGUUCCGCAACUAUGAAGCGACAUACGCAAAGACCGGAAGUCUCAACAACUUUCCCAUCGCGGAAAAGGAAGUCAGCCAGUCAUCUUCAUCGAGGAAUAGCCUGAUGGACAGCGCGAACGAAGCUGCUGGCCUCCAGCUCCCAUCUAUCCAGAUGUCCGAGUUUGAAUGUGAUCCUGAAGCAGCCAAUGAGACCAUGACCAACAUUGUCCAGCUCAUUGCUCCGGAAAGUGCCUGCCAGCCCAACAGCCGAGUCGGCCCCACUGGCCGCGAUCGCAUCAAGUCAUGGGCCAACGCCUGCGCAAAGCCCGUCUGCUCCAACAAUGCCGCCAGCGUCAUCCCAGCUCGCAUCGCCCCGCACUCCGCAUACCGUCCCGAACUCAACGCCAUUGUCAAAAACUUCCUUCUGCCGGGAUCCGAAAAGGAACUCAACAUCCCGCCCGCGCUGCGCGACCAGGCCCUCCUCGAACUCCAGCACUCGUCCGACCCCGCUCACCUGCGGCCCAUUGCCGACCAUGUUUAUGGCCUCCUGAAGAACUGCUCGCACCGCAACUUUGUCAGACUCGGCGUCUCCAACGGCACCUUUGAGACGCUCUGCAUGGCCACCAGCGUGGGCAUUGUCCUCACUAUCGCCGGCUUCCUUUGCGUGCUGCUUCGGGCCUUUGUGCCCUUCAUGGGCGCCCACAGCCGCUGGAACGCCUUCGCCCCCUGGCCCAUGUGGUUCGUCGGCAUGUCUCUCAUCCUCUCCGGCCUCCGCGGCAGCUGCUUCUUCCUGCUCCUAUUCACGAGACGCCAACCCCUCCCCUGGGAACGAUUCGACGACAGUGCGUCGCUCUUGUCGCAGCGGACCGGGCUCAUGAAGUUCAUAUCGCGCAUGAUGAUCUUUGAUCGCAAGAUUCGGGUCAAGGACACUCACCUGCGGAGGCUCCAGCACAAAAUCGUGCUCCAGGCCAUGUUCGGAGGAGGUGUUUUCGCUUGCUUGUGUGUGUUGCUGUUCGUAUUGCUACCGGUCUGGUCGCAGACGGUGAAUUGA